AUGGCGCAAGGCACUGAAAACUACGACCCCAUAGGAAACAUCUUACUUCAGAUCCAUGAAGACCUCCAUCAAUUAAAGGAAAAAUUAUCCAGAUACCCAACUGAUGGGAAAACACAAGCUCUAGACAUUCAAAAUCUUGAAACAGCCAUCCGAAGGACUGAAAAAGGGAUAAAAAUGCAUAUUGACAAGUAUUUAGACGUUGUUAACCAUCAUAUGUCACUGACUCCUUUGGAUGCAAACAUGUAUACUCCUAUGGUUUCCAAAGGUUUGGUUCCAAAUGUUGUCGACCAGAAAUCAUUUACUUUCCCUCUGGAAUCGGAGGAUAAACUCUGGCAACCCCAUGCCCGGCAAACUCGGCGCGGUCAACUUCCACUUGUCCCUCCAAAAUCAAAGAGAAAGAUAGGCUUGAAUGUGAAAAUCAUGAAGGAUCCUGAAAACAUCCACCACCGAGCUGCCGUGAAUGCAAACUAUGGAGUCAGUUUGCCACGUAUUAACAAGAGAAAGGCGUAUGUAAGUAAUGAGUUGUUUAAAUGAGGUCUUAAUUUUUUUUUCCAGAAUUAAAAGUCAUUUCCUUAGUAGUAGAGAGAAUGUGGAUUGUAAGACUGUGACCCUUUUGUCCUUGGGCUUUUUUUUUUCCUUUUUUAAUGAAAUGGAGUUUCUUUCAUUCUAUCUAUAAUUAGUAAUGGUGAAGAAAAUAUGCUCAUCCAGAUUUCUCUAUUUUUGGUUGAUAAGCAUAUAUAAUCUAGAGCUAUAAUUUUUACAGAGAGGGAAAUCAUUUUACAAUAACAAGA